GAGAACAGGUAAAAAAAUCGGCAGACAGUCAUAUCCGAGCCAGCGAAACACAUGCUUGCAAAGUGAAAUGGCUUUGAAUACGGAAAAUUCGAUAGCUCUUUCUCAAAGUAUGGAUUCGGUUAAUACGAAUCCCGACGAAGAAGUUAGAACUCUGUUCGUAAGCGGCCUGCCGAUGGAUGCAAAACCGAGGGAAUUAUACCUACUAUUUAGAUCUUACAAGGGUUACGAAGGAUCGCUGCUUAAAGUGACUGGCAAAAAUGGAAAGAAUACAUCACCAGUCGGUUUUGUGACAUUCGCGUCGCGAAUAUUGGCAGAAGCGGCGAAACAAGAUCUUCAAGGAGUCCGAUUCGAUCCGGAUCUACCGCAAACACUGCGCUUAGAAUUUGCGAAAUCUAAUACGAAAGUGACGAAACCUAAACAACAGUCGCCCCAACCUGCAGCUACUCAUCCCACCGCUCUUUUCCAUCCCUUAACGGGGCAGGAAUUAGCAGGAGCUGGCUUUUUUCCGGGUCUUGAAUGGACUACGGCGCAUCCUCUUGCGGCUGCUUACGCCGAACUUGCGCCCUCCGUUACUCUAGCCGCCCACCCGACGCUCAUUCAACAUCCGGCCCUGGCUCAAGCCGUUCCGUUCCCUUGGAUUCAAACUCCGAAAAACGCCUAG